AAUCAGUGUGCCUGUGCCUUUAAGAAGGUGCAUUCAGGGUGUGUCUGGUGGUUCAAAGGUUCCGGUUCAAUCUGUUCGAGCAAACAAACAAAAAAAGCUGUCACCGUCACACGGUUCCCCGGACACAGAGGACCCUGAAGGCAACAUGGACGCCGUGGUGUCUCAGGUGGACUGGGUGGGACCCCGCACUUAAACUGGUUGGACUGGUCGGACUGGGACACUUUUUCUACCACCCCCGCAGGAAAUGAAGCCGAAUGGUGGCCGAUGAUGACGACGACAGUCAAACUUCUCUGCUUGUGUUGGUGCGCCACAGUCCCCGUUUGGGCCGACGAGCCUUCGUCCGAGUCUACCAUCGCAGCCUCGCCCGGCGACGUCGUUCGACUUCCGUGUUACGGCGACGGUCAGGUUACGCCGUCACGAACCACGUGGUCGAAAGAUGGACAGCAGUUGUCUCUCGGAGUGACCCUGACAGACACCGGGGACCCCCCAAGUAGCCCCACUCGUGCCGGACCUCGCCUGGACCUGUUGGAGGACGGUAGCCUGGACUUCCGGUGGGUGAGGGAAGGGGAUGAAGGGGACUACCUGUGCGCCGCCCAACUUCCGGGUAACAUCACGUGGCACGCACGCGUCCUGCUGCAGGUGGCAAGCGCUCCGGCAAACAUGUCCAUGUCCAUCGUGCCCGCCACCCUCCUGUCCAACGGCACGCUGGUCACCUACCGCGGCUCCACGGUCUCCUUCCACUGUGCGGCCUCCUCGUACCCGUCUCAGCGUCUCACCUGGAUCUUCAGAGGGGUGUCGGCCGGCGACGGCUCACUGGUGUCGACCGCUGAGGCGUCCUGGCUGGACUUUAGGCUGAAGGACAUCCAGGCCGACGCCCAGGGGGUGUACAGCUGCACGGCCAACAACACGGUCAGCCACCAGGCGGCCAACAAGAGUGCCCAGCUGCUGGUCUACUACGUUCCAGACCGACACCCUGAAUGCACAUGGCUCCGGUCCCAGGACCGCACCCAGGUGCUCUUCAACUGCAACUGGCCUGGGUCGUACCCGGCGCCCACGCUGCGCUGGGGCGAAGAGGGUGCCAGGCGCGUCUUCGCCUCGGGGGUGACGGACAGCCUGACAGUGGCGCUGAACCGUUCGCUGCUGUCCGGCGGGCAGACGGUCAGGUGCACGGCACAGCACCUGGCGCUCGCUCCUGCACAGGAACGCUCCUGUUCCUUCUUGCUCGGUAAGCACGACAUCGUUGUUUGGUUUCCUCUAACUAACUGCUGGCCACCCCCCACAGAGCCUCCGUACCCCGAAGGCGAGCCGCUGGUCUCGGCUCAGGAGGGGAGCAAUGUAACGCUUGCCUGCACCGAGUCCACGUCUGUCCCGCCUGCCGCCACCACCUGGAGGCGGGGCCUGGAGCAGGUGGAGGUGGUCGUCGGCACCAAGUACUUCCUGUUCGAGGACGGCCCCGCCUACCGGCUGACCAUCGCCAACGUCAGCAAGGACGACGAGGGUGUCUACUUCUGCCGCAGCGAGAACCCGCUGGGCGUGCGCGAGCUGGAGGUCUACCUCACGGUGAGAGCAUCUUCCUCAGCGUUCACGGGCGCCAUCGUGGGCGUGUUCAUCGCGGCGCUGAUCGUGGGCUGGGCCGCGGUGGUGGCCAAGGUGGUUUACGCCAACCGCCACAGGGUCUGCCUGGGAGGAGCCUUUGGGCGCCCGGACAACAACUGCGGUGAUGUGCUGAGCCUGGUGGACUCGGACGAUGAGCAGAUCUUCCAGGCACCCGUCCCUCGACUCCCCCCACCAACGGAUGCGGGUCGCACCACCCUGGUCCAGAUCCACCACAUCCCAACCUGUGAGCAAGAGGACAUGGGAAUGACGAUCCGGACGCCGGAAGAAGAAGACGAAGCAAGAGAGGAGCUUCCGGAUCUUGUAACGUUUUAGUUGAACGUGAAGGAAGACGUCUUCUUCUUCCUUCUUAUUCCGCCACCCUCCACCCAUCCAGGCUUCACACACGAGGAUGGAAUUACCUGAGAUACAUUUACACGUAUUCCAAGACGUAUACCGGGCCUGUUUCAUGAAAGCUACAACGCAAUCGCUCCUUUUUAAGAUGCUUGCCAGCACCAAGAUUGACUGCUCCAAGGAACGUCUCUUAUUAUUUCCAUCAUAGCAGGGUGGCUACUAACCUGGUUGCUCCCAUUGGUGGAGUCGUCAUGGAGGACCUGCUGUAACCCAGGACGCUCCUAUGGGGGUCGGGGAAAAAACCCAGACCGUCAUCCGAGCGUUCAGUGCAGCUCUUGAUGCUGCAGGAGCGAGGCUUGCUAACAGUCUGGCUAGCAUCCGUGACACCAGCUCAGGGCUCGGCAACCUUUACGAUCAAAAUGAAAAUGAAAAAUACUCCCCAUCGAUUGGUGUAAAAUACCAAAACACUGUGUGAAGAUCCUAGAAGCCAAAGCAAUACCGUAGCGCUGCUCUCAUGGAGGACUAAAUACUCACAUUUAAACUAGAAGCCGAGCCCAACAAAGUCGUUGUUGAGGUGGAUAGCGGAUCAUUCAUCAGUCAACUGCUGCGGAUUGAAUGAAACAGCUUUAUUUAGAGUGUGGCAUUCUGAAACGUAUCUGUUUUAAUGGCCCUCCUCCAGGCACGCCCACUCCGCUGUGAUUGGUCACACUGCCGAGUGCAUAGAAAGAGGCCGCUAACUCUGCACAGAGUUUUUUUUCUUGAUGUGGGCUUUUAACAUACAGCCAUAGAGAGUUUAUCUUACAGCCACGCCCAUAUAAGGAAGGCCACCCUCUGUGACAUCACAAAGGAACAGUUUAACCACACCCUCUGAAAGCGAGCAUUUUGAACCAACAUUCUAACGACAUUUAUAGGUCAUAAAGGCGGGAAGAGCAUCUUAGGUCCCCUUUAAAUAUAUAUAGAGAAUGUUGAUUGUAUACGUAUAUUGAAAAGACUAAGACUGGUGGGCAAAUGGAUGAGGGUUGAUGUAGGUUAGGGUUAGUGUUUUAUUGUGGCUGUAUGACAUCACAUGUAAAUAAUCUUUUGCUAUUAAAAUGUGUACAGUGUUUCUUUAACAAGCAAUGAUGUCAUUUAUAAAAAUGCACUAUAAUAAAGUCAAAUCAUACUAAAAGUAAUCUAUAUUAUCAGAAGUGUGUAUAUAUAUAUAUAUUUGUUUUCAUUUUUAAUAAAAUGGGCCAGCAGAUACAAGA